CACGGACGGGGCGGGACUGGGAGCUCCAUAAAAACCCUGGAUACUGAGGGGAAGGCAUCCACUGCUCCUGCCUCAUCCUCCUGCAGAGCUGGGUGAGUCGGGGGAGACUUAGAAAAGACAGAGAAUGAGGAUGGAGUUGGGACUGACUCUGCAGUGCUGGGCUGAAGGCUGGACGAGAGGAUCUUGAAGUUCUCUUCUAACCAAACACCUCCUGUGGUUAUUUCCCUCUCUUUCUCUCCCUGUUUUCCUCCUUCCCACUAAUCUACAGGUCGAGGCUGUGAUGGGCUGAGUGCCACUGAAGGAUAAGUGUCGCUGAUGGAUGUUACUGAUGGAAGAAUGUUGCUGAUGGGGAGCAUUUUCUUUCCUCCCUGGAUUUUCACUAGUAUUGGAGUGUUUGAGACUGUGUCAGUCCUGCAGGUCUGCUUCUUUCCCCUUCAAGGUUUUAGCUCGGCUUGGCUAGGAAGGAGCUUUUCCAUCUCGUUUCCUGCCAGCUCCCUUUGGACAGGGGCACCGCAGCUCACAGCCCCUUCCCCUGCCAUGAUCCACGACUGCAGCCAGUGGGGCUGAGCAGGGAAGCGGAGGAAAGGCUGCUGAAGAUGGAGGAUUCGGGAGAAAACGCAGGGCAGAAGAGCUGAGCACAGAGCGUGCCUGGCAGCCUGCCUGGAUGCGCUGCCUCUCCGCUCCCUCCCAGUCACAGCCUUCCCGUGGGGUUCACUCAGCGGCACCAGCGCCUUACAGGCUGCUUCUUCCCUGCUCUCUUGCAGGCUUGCCUCCCUCCGCCGCACCAAGAUGACCUUCUGCUACCAGACCCAGUGCCAGGAGCCCUGCUACGCUCCCUGCGGCUACGGCACCGUCUACAGCUAUCGGAGCUACGACUGCGGCAGCCCCUGCGGCUUCCGCGGCUACGGCUCCGUGUGCGGCUACCGCGACUGGUGCCCGUCCUACAGCUCCCGCUACUGCCUGCCGUCCUCCUGCUCCAGCGGCCGCUACGGCUACGGCAGCUGCUACCCCUGCUACCGCUGCUGAGCCCCUGCCGAGCCGCUGUCGCCCCCGCUGAGCCCCCGCUGCUGCCCUGAGCCCCUGCCGAGCCCCCGAGCUCACCGGCAAGGAGCUCCGGGAGCGGAUCGCAGCUGCGCUCGGGAGGAAGCUCUACAGGAGCGCUGAGCGCAGGACCGCGGCGGGAGGCUGUGGGGGUUUGGAAGCUGAGGGGUUUGGCAGUCUUCAGUCUUCUACCCAAAUGAUUUCUUCUUUUUCUCCUUACUGACUUCUUAACCCUGCACGGAUUUGGGGCUGUGAAGGACUUUGGGCUUCGCAGGAUAAAGCUUCACUCACCUGCAGCUCUGUCCCAGCCAACUCAGUGACAUCGAGAGGGGACGUGUCUCAGCCUUCCCAUGGAUGCAUUUCUGCUGCCGAAGCUUUGCCGGAGGAACAGGAAACCACCAGAGCUGAUUGGGCUAAAAGCGAGCAGGAAAGAUCGAUUAAGGCAGUGGAAGGCAAAUACUGCAGCAGCCAAACUGGUGCCAGGGAACCAGGAGGGUUCCUGCAGCUGUGAAGGAAUCCUGCACCCAGCCCUUCUGCUCCUGCAUCCUGUGAUAGUUCAGACUCUGUUUCUCAGCUUUAUCCCUAUUAAAUCCCUCAGAGCACCA